UAUCAAUUGAUUGACCAGAGCUCAGUCCACAUCAACACAACCAUGACCAUGAACAUGAACACAGCAGGAGGUAUGAACGUGGGCCUGUUCUGGUACUACUAUGGGCUGAUGCAUGGGAGGAACAUGGUCGCAACACCCCGACCCCAGGUGAACCAACAGAGGACCCUGCACACGACACAGCCAGGCCCAUACAAACAUCCAGCACCACCAGCACCACCACCACCAACACAGCACCACCACCACACCACUCCAAGGAAGGACAGCUACAAAGUCACCCAGUACUGUUACGGGGAGGCCUGUGUCCCUAUAGUUUACACUCAGGUGAAGCCUACAGAGGGUGUGAAGAAGCCAAGUGCCAGUGCAGUAGUGUGUGGUGAUGCGCAGGCGAACACCAUCAUUAAGUCAGAGCCGUGGAUCUCCUAUGAUGACAUGAGGGAUUAUUCGGCUGCUACGUCCUGGCCAUACUUCCCCUGGCAGGUACAGCCACCCAGUGAGAACACUAGACCCUCAACCAUGUGGAGAUGCCUGGAGAAGCGCAAGCAUCAACAGAAGGCCCGGGAGUGGCUGGCCAAAGCCCAGGAAAGGCAGUAUAGACCGGACAGGCAUGGCAGCAGUGACGCUGGUAUCCAACCCCCACAACAGACACUCCAGUCGCUUGCCACACCACGCCGCUAA